CUCCAUUCUUCGCCCGCCGCCGCCCCCAGCCCCACGAGCCGAAGCAGCGCCUUGCACCGCUCUGAUCCAAUGGCGCCGACGUCGAAGCUGUCGCAGGGCAUCAAGCGCGCGUCGCGGUCGCACGCGUACCACCGCCGGGGGCUGUGGGCCAUCAAGGCCAAGCACGGCGGCGCCUUCCCCAAGGCCGAGAAGCCCUCCGCCGCCAAGGAGCCCAAGUUCUACCCCGCCGACGACGUCAAGCCCCGCGCCCCCAGCACCCGCAAGCCUAAGCCCACUAAGCUCAGGUCGACCAUCACGCCCGGGACCGUGCUGAUCCUGCUCGCUGGCCGCUUCAUGGGGAAGAGAGUGGUGUUCCUCAAGCAGCUCAAGUCCGGCCUCCUCCUCAUCUCUGGGCCUUUCAAGAUCAAUGGAGUACCAAUCCGCCGUGUGAACCAGACCUACGUCAUUGCUACAUCCACCAAGGUUGACAUCUCUGGUGUUGAUGUUUCCAAGUUUGAUGACAAGUACUUUGCCAGGGAGAAGAAGCAGAAGGUGAAGAAGACUGAAGGCGAGCUUUUUGAGACAGAGAAGGAGGCAUCCAAGUCUCUGCCUGACUUCAAGAAGGAUGACCAGAAGGCCGUCGAUGCUGCUCUGAUCAAGGCUAUUGAGGCUGUCCCAGAGUUAAAGACCUACCUUGGUGCCCGGUUCUCUCUCAGGGAUGGUGACAAGCCCCAUGAGAUGGUCUUCUAAGUGUAGUUUUUGAGUUCCGAAGAAGUCGUUUUGCCUAGUGUGCCCCUGUACUUCUGAGUUUUGUACCCCCGGGUAGUGAACCUUUGAUCUCUAUUGAAGUCUGCCUGUUAAAUAUUAUGAGAAGAUUUAAGAAAAGUUUUAUCCGUAGUGGUGCUUCAUCAUUGCGUUUAUC